AUGGGUCGGACAACAAGCCAUAAGAGGGUUGAGAGCGAGAGCGAGGGCGAGAGCGAGCGUGCGCAGGAUUCAACCCCGGCACCCUCUUCCGAUUCAGAGACGUCCUCUCCGUCCCAAAGGCCUCGGUCAUUCGGCUCCUUACCAUCCUGGCUCAACGGUACCACUACAUUCCCUUGGACAGAGAUCAUCUUCUUCAUCCCAUCUUGGGUUCCAAGCCCAAUUCGCGAGCACCUCGUCAACCGCAUCUCAAAACGCAACGGCAAGGUCACACAGAGUAGCAAGGACGCAGACGUCGUACUCGCGUACUACGGCUUGAGGGAAUCUCACUCCAAAGGGGUGCAGCAAAUACCUCGUGUGAAAAGCGGCCAUGCAUUCAUCGCCUACCCGGACUGGCUGGCCCGCGUGUACUUCUCAGACAAGGCGUUGAGACCAGACUCCACAAAGCCGCUCUUCUUGGACAAGCAGGGACAGAGUCUCCUCGUGGCCGUGCCCGGCCUGGGAGACGACAGUCUGCGGCAGCGCGUCAUGGUUGCGUUGGAGAAACACGGCGCUAUUGUCGUCUCGGAGCCCAACUGCAACACCUGUAUCGUGCCCGAUGGCCACUCCUUUCUCCGCAACCCACCAGACGAGUGGGACGGCGUAACGUUCCACAACCCCCAGUGGGUGUUUGAAUCCAUCCCCAAGGCCCGCCCGCGCGCCAUAACUAUGCCCAGUGCCGCCCAGAAGUCGCCAACGCAACAACACCAGCAUUCAUCGCCAAGGACGGCGCACAAGUCGUCACCACACACGCCGCGCGAUAGGGUUGACCGCGACUACCUGGCUCGGUUCGUCGCGUUUCACCGACCGACCGACAGCGGUCGAACCGCUCGAUCUCUCUAUGAGACACUGAAUGACUCCAUUUAUCACUGGGCAACACGGCACACCCCGGCAGCAUGGCACGAGCACUACCGCCGUACGCGCCAGAAGAAGUGGUCCGACGGCACGAUUCUCGACCACAUGAUCGACCGUUACGUCCGCCGCAGCGUGGAUUUUACCCUGCGCACGGAGAAGGAGAGGGCAGCAGGCAAGAAACGAAGCCGCGACCAAGAUUCGUCCGAAUCUCCAAGGAAGCGUCGGUCAAGGGGCCAACAGUCACAGCGAGACGAGGAGCGCGACGAGGAGCCGGACGAGGAUCGCGACGAGGAGCCGGACGAGGAGCAGGAAGAGGAGCAGGAAGAGGAGCAGGAAGAGGAGCAGGACGAAGAUGUUGAGCUGGAGCCUGUCCAGCAUGAACCCCACAGGGAGUCAACUGGCGAGAUUGAAGAGCGGGACCAGGUUUCGCUGGACAAGUCGGACGCACUCGAGGUUGAGGGCGAGUUGCUCGCGGCGUCCCCUGAGAAGCAGCAGUAG